AGUAUUCCAAGAAUGGUGAGUUAGUACCCGCCGGCCCAAAUGAUGUGCACGGGCCCGGUUCUAACCUGGAUUUUACCUUCUAAUCACUGAUCUUCCUAGCACAGUUCCGGCUAAUCCAAGGCUCCCCUCUGGAAGAUUUCAAUUUCCGAUCUCAAAUCCCCGAUGAAGAUAGACGCCGGUACUCAAUCCCUUCCGGAGUACGUAAUCAGAGACAUUCUCAGGCGAAUUGACGUGAAAUCCCUGAUCCUAUUCCAAUGUGUGAGCAAACAGUGGAAAACCCUCAUCAACGCCCCAUCUUUCAUCGCCGAACACCUCCGCCGUCAAUCUCCCUGUCUUCUUUUCCGAGGGGAAACACAUCGGAAUUUGCAGUUAGGUCUACUCGAUCGCGAGAUGCAGGCCCGGGAAAUGCAAGUGCAGCCUUCGGUUUUUGAACUUGAAUCUCCUAAAAUCGUGGGUUCCAGUAAUGGCUUGCUCUGUUUGCAAAUCAAAAAGGAAUUGCAUCUCUCCACCCUUUUGUUGUGGAAUCCAGCCAUUCGGGAGCUCCGAAUGAUACCCAGGGUUGGUGGGUAUUGUUCGUGGUCAAGCGUAGGGUUUGGAUUCAGUCCCAUUAUUAAUGAUUACAAGGUUUUGAUGAUUCGGAAGACAGAUCAUUACAAUAGGACUCUUCAUAUGGAUGUGUAUUCGUUAACCUCAGGAUCAUGGAAAUCAAUAGAUAAUAACAUCUUAGAGGGCAUUCGUGUAAAGGGCACGAAUGUGACUGCAAAUGGAGUUAUGUUUUGGCAUGUGGGGAAUGAUGAUGCCAAUAUGAUACUUUCAUUUGACAUAGCAUUGGAAGUGCUCACGUUAAUCCCAUUUCCAGUCAUUGCAAACCAUUAUUUCUGUUUUAGGCUUGCGGUUUACGAGAACAAACUCGCUAUGCUUGUUGAAAAUCAUUCUUGGAACCCUGAACCUAUUGCUUUGUGGGUGAUGGACAAAGGGGAUGAAGCAUGUUCAUAUGGUGAGGGAUGGAGUUGGGCUAAGAGAUGUAACGCCGCCAUUCCUUGCCACGUAAAUCCCUUGAUGAUUUGGAAGAGUGAAAUCGUGUGCGAAGUGUCUGAAAAUGGGAAACGGAGAAUUGCUCUCUUCAAUGUCACUACUAGUGAGUUUCAUAUGAUUGAUAUGCAUGACUCCGAGUUUAUCGGUUUUAUGCGUGGCUUCGAGUGUAUCGAUUAUGUGGAAAGUCUUGUGCCAGUAGGGGGAAAGAAGUUGUAUGCAACAUUUGCUUAGGGCACGAAGAAGUCGUAAGUGGUUGAGACUAAUGAACCAAAACUCACUCGUCUUAUGCAACCCGAUGUAGUGAUUCAAACGGUAAGAAUCCUUUUCCCCAAAAUUUUAGUUAUAACAUUGUUGUUUAAGGAAUAGUUUGUCUAAGAUUGGAGGGUAAAGAUGAAAGAUGUGUUGAAGUUAAAUUAGAACUGGAUUGUUUUCAACACAUCAGCUAUCUUUAAUUAUUUCAAGGGUCAUCUAACAAACUCUCUCAUAUUUU